AUGAGCAAGGCAGCGAAGACGGUGUGCGUGACAGGAGCAUCAGGAUACAUAGCUUCAUGGAUCGUCAAGUUCUUACUUCAGCGUGGCUAUACUGUUAAAGCCUCGAUUCGUGACCCCGAUGCAGAACCUUACCCAAAUGCUACAUUUGGAUGGGUUAAUGUCAAAGAUGUCGCUACUGCUCAUAUUUUAGCAUUUGAAAAUCCUUCAGCUAAUGGAAGAUAUUUAUUGGUCGAGAGCGUUGCACAUUAUUCAGAAAUUGUGAAAAUACUGCAUGAACUUUACCCUGCUCUUCCUCUUCCAGAAAAGUGUGCCGAUGACAAACCAUUUGUCCCAAAAUACCAGGUGUCUAAAGAGAAGGCAAAAAGCUUGGGUAUUGAGUUCACCUCUCUUAAAGAAAGCAUCAAGGAAACUGUUGAAAGCUUGAAGGAGAAAAACUUUUUUGGAGGCUCUUCGGCCAAGUGA